AUCUCCAUUGUUCUCAAUUCAGAACACACAAGUCCAUUUCUUUUUUUUCUUUUCUUUUCUUUUCUUUUCUUUUUUUUGUUACAAGUAUCAGCAAUGUCAUCCAAGAAGAACGCGGUUGUUUUUGAGGACUAUUUCCCUGCAAUGAUGGAGAAAUUGGGCACUGAGGGGUUUAUGAAGGAGCUGACAAAUGGGUUUCAGUUGUUGAUGGACAGAGAGAAGAAGGUGAUAACUUUUGAGAGCUUGAAGAGGAACUCAGCAUUGCUUGGAUUAGAAGGAAUGAGUGAUGAUGAGAUCAAGUGCAUGCUGAGAGAAGGAGAUUUGGAUGGUGAUGGGGCUCUAGAUGAGAUGGAGUUCUGCACUCUCAUGUUCAGGUUGAGUCCUGCUUUGAUGAAUAACUCCAAAGAACUCCUGGAGGAAGCCAUUUUCACUGGUCAUUAGUCUCUUCUCUUUAUCCCUUUCACUGUCCUCUUUUUUCCCUUAGCCUCCCUAGGGGUCUUGUUCAAGGAGCUUUUCCUUUUUCAUUUUUGUUUCUAUUUUC